GCCUUAAACUAUUUACUUCGAGAACAGUUACCAGAUCAGAGAAUAGUUGGUCUUACCGUUGAUACCAUCCUACAAUUAGUACAGCUUGUUUUAAAAACUCAAUUCUAUGUUUAUAAUGCUGCAUUGUAUCAACAAAUUCAUGGUGGUGCUUCUGGUUUACCAUUAACUAUGUUCUUGGCUUAUACUUACUUAUUUUUUGGACAAUAUCGUGAACUAGUGAAAAAUUUCACAAAAAAGAAUGAAUUUUUUGGCAGCUAUACCAACAAAGGUACUCUCGAAAGUAAAGUUUAUUACGAUCCAAAUAUUGUUGAUACUUUACCAAAUGUAUCCAAUGAACUAAUGGAAAAUGCCACCAAACAAUUAUAUGCUGUUCUAUAUCGAGCCGUUCGAUGCUGUUCUGAUGUGGAAAAAUUUCAUAGUGAACUACUUUAUAUUCAGGUAUCAUUUGUGACAUUUGGUUUUACAUCAGAAUUUAUUCUUUCUGGUAUUCAACGUUUUUACCAACAAUUUAAUAUACUAGAAAAAUUCUGGGAUUUACGUUUGAAUAAUAAUGAAUAUUAUCAUUUACGUCGGUGUAUCAUAGAAGAUGUCGAACAACAAAUAAAAUUGAAGCAACAACGUGAGCAAGCAAAAGAACAUACAUUAUUCAUGCCAUGUCCACGUUUAGUGGAUGAAGAAAGUACCGAUGCUUUCAAACAAUGUUUUGAAUAUUGGUGGAAUAAAUAUUAUGCUAAUGAAUCACCAACAAACUCUAUUCAAAUCAAAUGGAUAGAACAAACACCAACUUGUUUGACAAAUAGUAAUAUUCUGAUCAACAGACGACCACCUCUUCGUCUUUUAACUUUGUCAAAACAUCAUCAAAACAAAAAAAGAUACCAUCCUAUGGAUCCAUUUUUAACCAAUAUUACUCGUCCAUACUACAAGGAUGAAUGA